AUGGUAUCCUCCCUCAACCCCUUCUGGGGCCCUCCGACAUCCUACUUGAAUUUCUGUGAAGAGUUUGCUAUGGUAUCUAUGGCCUGGUUCAACUGCGCCAAAAGCCUCAGGCUGCCUUCCGCUCCAUUUCCCUAUCUCGGACUCAUCGGAGUCGGCGUCUGUUCUGCUGGAUACCACAUGACCCUCAAAUAUCAUACACAAAUGUCGGAUGAGUUGUCAAUGCAUCUCCUCACCACGCCGCUUCUUUAUCGCAUCUUAUCAUUCAAAGCCAGCUCCGAUCGCGCCCGGCUGAUUGGAAUCAUACUUUCCAUCCUCUUUACCAUUGUCAUGGUUGUUCACAUGGUCAUGGAUGAAUUUCUUCUCCAUGCUGCCUCCUUCGGCUUGGCUGUUUACCUGAUCGGCACCCGAACACCGAAGCUUAUUCCCGUUCAAGUCACCGAUUUAAAUCAGAGGAAGGCUCUUCGUUACCUUUCCUUCUUCGGAUGCUUUUGCUUCGGCUUUGGCUAUUUUGUCUGGCUGAUUGACGAAUUCGGCUGUGGAAUCUUGACGGGAGCUAAAAAUACCGUCGGACUUCCUCUGGCCUUCUUGUUUGAGUUCCAUGGGUGGUGGCACUUCUUCACUGCGAUCGGUGGCUACGUCGCUGUUGCGACUGUGGAUCUUCUUACUUCCGGUGAGGCGGACGAGAUCUCCAGUUCUUCUUUUGCCUGGCCAGUGGGCCCUGUGUUCGAAAUCAUGCAGGGCAUGGUAGCCUCUGAGAAGAAAAUUUAA